AUAAAUCAUAAUAAACUAUAUAAAGUAAACUUUGUUAUAAGAUCGGAAGUAGGAUGGAAGAGCAGGCCUGUCCACGGUGCAAGACCACCAAAUAUCGGAAUCCAUCGCUAAAAUUGAUGGUCAAUGUUUGCGGUCACACGCUAUGCGAAUCUUGUGUGGAUAUGCUCUUCCUCAAGGGCUCCGGCGCUUGUCCGGAAUGUAUGGUACCCUUGCGGCGGAACAACUUUCGUGUACAGCUCUUCGAAGAUCCCAUGGUGGAGAAGGAGGUGGACAUAAGACGACGCAUUCUGCGUGACUACAACAAGCGCGAAGAGGACUUUGCCACGCUGGAGGAGUAUAAUGAUUAUUUAGAAGAAAUCGAAAAUAUAAUUUACAAUCUGUGUAACAACAUUGAUAUUAUUGAGACCAACAAGCGCAUCGAGGCCUAUAAGCGGGACAACCGCGAGGUAAUUCAGCGCAAUAAAACACGCGUUGGCCGCGACGAAUGCGCCCUGGAAGAGUUACUGGAGCUGGAGCGCGUGCAGGAUGAGUCGCGCAAGAAGGAGCUGGAAGAGCUGGAAACCGAGCAUAAAAAGAAAAAGGCUCGUGACAAGCAGGCCCUCAUUGAGGAGCUCAUGUACAGCGGCAAGGACGCUGCCACCAUUGUCAGCGAGUUCGCCGAGAAGGCUGAAAAGCAGCGCGAGGAGGAGAAGCAGUUGCCGCCUCCUAAGCCCGCAAACGAAUUCUCCACAGGCAUUAAGUUUGGUCAGACAGCAGAUCCAACUCUACUGCCAGUACCAAAAUCGGAGGAGGGUCCUAUCUUUAUAUACGAGCCUUACAUUCCCAUCACCGAAGGUCCAACUCCGCCGCCCCUUGCCGAAGUCGAGUCCAUGGGCUACGUCUCACAUAUAAGGCCCGAGACGCCGCAGGAGAAUGCUGGCGGCUUCACGUCCGCCUUAGCAUGCCAGCGUGCUCUCCAGGAGGCUAUGCAGUGCCUCUUCUAUACGCCACCUGCUGGCAUAGGCGUGGCCCUUUAAAAGUACAAAGCCGAGCAUCUCGUUG